UAACAAUCCUUCAUGCUGUGAACAUCAUGCAUAAACUCAUAUUCCAUGUAUGUCUAUAUUGUUGUCAUAGUUCCUGUCACCUGCUAAAGAGAUGUGCUCUGCGUGCCUGAUGCCAGUUUAUCCAGUGGAGAAAAUGGUGGCAGAUAAACUAAUCCUACAUAGUAACUGUUUCUGCUGCAAACACUGUAAUAAAAAGCUAAGCAUUUAUAAUUACUCUGCUCUUUAUGGAGAGUUCUACUGCCCAUCACAUUACCAUCAGUUAUUUAAGAAAAAGGGCAACUAUGAUGAGGGUUUUGGCCACAGACAACACAAAGACCGCUGGCUUGUUAAAACAGAGGAACCUAAACCUACUAACAAAUUCAGCUCAGCACGUAAAACAGAGCCUACAUGUGUUGAUGCAACUGUAGAUGACCCUAGAGGACCAUCAUCUCGACACAAAGAUGAUCAAUUCAAAUGUCCCGACAACACGAACAAGCUUAAAAUAAGCUGGCCACCAGAAAACAAGGGGACCCGACAUAGCCCUGUAUCACAAAAUACUUCCUCAGCCUCGAGAAGUACAACAGACUGGUCAAAUCACAAGCGUUCUGCUGCACGAAGCUCCAGAAAUGCUCUUGAAAAGAAAAGGUUUCAUUCUGGGCUGGAUGAAAUGGACAAAUCAGUUCAGCUGUCGCCUCGGGCUUAUGAGAAGACAAACACAUACGCCUCUCCCUUCACAAUAAAAAGUGCACCACAUUCAGAGGAUGUUUAUACACCUCAUCCAAGAGGUUCAAAAACAUUACAGAAGACUGCAGAUAGAGCUGGAACACAAAGCAAAGUUUCAACAGGUGGGAAAGUGACCAGCAAAUACUUGAAUUCUGUUACCUCAAGACCAGAUUCUGUGAGAGAACACAAUUUGGCUGAAGAUGGGAAAUCUGAUAGCCCAACGAAAAUAAAAAAGUCUGUCCGGUUUGUUUCAGAUUUAAAUAUAGACAAGGAAAAUAACACAGAGAUCAGCAGUGAAGAAGUUGAAAGCUCUACUGAUGCUUUUGUUGAACCUGCAGCUGUCAAUGGUAGUGUAAUGACAGCAGAUAUGGCAACUUUUGAAUCAGGAAUAGAAAUAGAGGAACCACCUGUGGAAGGUUUAAUGGACAAAUUGCAUCAUCCAUACAGCCAUGAUUCUGUUGGACAUCCCAAAGCUUUAGAUGGACAAAUGCAGGAUCCUUUCCUUCCGACUGUAGGAAAGCAGGAAAGUAAAAAAACAAAAGCAAAUGAGGCAAAUAUGAGUGAGAUGGAAACAAUUCUGAAUCUUGAUGAACUGCAGAUAAAUGACAUCCCAGCAUGUGGUAAAGAAACAUUUAAACCAGGUAGUGAAUCAUGUGAUUUGGAGCAGGUUGAUGAGAUAGAGAAGAAAGAGGUGGUUAUUGAAAGUAAUGCCAAGGCUGUAACCUCCAAAAAUCAAGAACCCACAGAUAUUACUACGGUUGAAUCUAAAGUCCCUGACAUGUUGGAUAUGCCUCCAAAAUCUGAUGAUAAAAGCAACACAAAGGUUGCUGACAAAAAGGCCAUGGAUAAAGGGAAUAAAGGGUCUUGGUCUAAAGGUAAAAGCCCUCUUUCCAAACUCUUCACAUCUGGUCCAAGUAGGAAAGAGAACAAAAGUGAGACAAAAAUGGAAAGCAAAAGAUCCGAUAUCAAACCUAGAAAUUUACUGGGCAGACUCUUUUCAUCCUCUGAAAUAGAUUUAGAAAUAAAGAAAACACCAGAAAUCAAACCUGAAAAUACAUGCGAGGAGCCAGAGAAAACCGGAGUGACAGUAGAUGACAUUGCAUUGAUACAAGAAAAUGUUUCUGUAUCUCCACCUUCGACUGAGCCCACCUGUCAAAACACACCUCAAGAGCCCAUAAAACCAACACAAACCCAACUAAGUGAUGCUGCAGAAGAACCAAAUCUAAUUGAGGGCCUUGAAAAUCCCAUCCUAUUGCAUAAUGGAAGCUCUGCUGAUGAGACUGUGCCAUCAAUAAACCUUGAGUCAAUUGAACAACACAAGCCCGCUUCUGUUGGUUUUGAGGAGAUUGAUAUGAAUGAGGCUCUUAGUCCUUCACAAGAACACAUUAAUGUAGAUCUGACCUCUCUAGACUCUUCAAAACCUUACGGUCUGGAGGAGAGCCUCAACUCCUCUUUGCCUCAGAAUGAAGAUACCACUGGUUUUCUUGAUUCAUCUGAUGCAUUUACAUCUCAAGUUGCGGGCCCCAACACAGAUGCCAUGGCUUUUUCAGGUUCAGAUACACUUGAUUAUACACACAGUGACACAUUGACAGACAUUAUGGAUUUGGAAACUCCGUCAGUAGAUACAGGGAGCUCCAUUAUUCAAAAAGACCCAUUUGGAGAAGAAGCUCAGGGAGAAAGUGGAGAUAUGACAUCAAGUCCUUCUGUGAAUUUUAAUCAAAAGGCUCUUGAUAUUUUUGGUUCGUCAGAGUCAAAUAUUGAGGCAAACUCAUAUGGUUUUGGAAACACCUUAACUGAAGUCAAUAAAAAUGAAGCGGUUGUUUCCUCAGAAAUGACCGAUGAUCCCUUUGGAAUGAACAAUGCACCAGUCCAAACAAUGGAUAUCUUUGGAGGCGACAAUAUGCUCACUGUCUUUGAUCAAUCGUCCACUAAUAGUUUCUUUGAUAUUAUGACAAACAGUGAGACUCAAAGUCAAAACCCUUUUGAGGGAAUAACAGAUGGUCAACUGGCACCAAAUGGAGUUUUUGACUUUAUAAGUUCUGAAGGUGACCCAUCAACACUAUCAGUUACUUCCAAUGUGUUCGAACAGAAAAGCUCUGACCUUGAACAGGAAAAUCUAAUUCAAAGUGAGGUUAAUAAUCUUUUCAAUAGUAAAGGCAAUCAAUCAAGCUCUAAUGUGCCUGAUCAAAACCUUUCUGGCCAAGAGCUAAUUGAGUCAUCUCAAAUGGAAGCUUUUGAUUUCUUCAGCUCUGAGAAAGAUCCAUCUACAGCUGCAUUCAGUCACAUGAGUGCUGAUCCUUUCCCAAUUGACAUCUUUGCAAGUGUUAUGGACAGCACAGCCACAAAUACAUUCAGUGUAGAAACAACGCAAAGAACUGUAAACCCAUUUGACGAUUUCACUGGGUUAGAGAGUCACGGUGAGGCUGCAGAGACUAAAGUGAGCAACUUAUUUCCAGAUGACAUAUUUUCAUCCGUUCCUGCCAUGUCUCCAGUACAGGAUACCCUCUCCAUACUAAAUCCAACAAACCCUGACACCAGUGCUGUGCUGCAGCAAAAGCCUGAAAAUGACUGGAUGUCUGACUUUUUGGGGUAGUGUCAGUGCCAUUGUUCAUUACACACACAAAAAAGAUUCAAAUCUUACAUUUAAAUAAGCAGGUAUAUUGAUUUGCCUUUGCUGUACUAUUCUGUAC